AUGUCUUAUACCGGAAGACGUAUACUCCUACUCGUCGGAACAAUUCUGAAUAGCGCUCUUCUUCUGAGCACCGGAGUAGCGGGAUGUUUUCAAACCCGCACAUCUCUACUUUUCAUGGCGUAUACUAUGAAUUUUGCCAUUGGUGUACAUGCUCCAACAAUCGGUGCAGUCUGUUGGAGCAUAUGUUCCGAAAUAAGCUCUCUAGAGCUUAGAUCGCAUACCCAGGGAUUGGCCAUGGUGGCCAACGCCGUUAUCUUUUAUGACUCGGAUUCAAAGCAGUAUCCGUUGACAAGUAUAUUUUGUAUAACAGCAAAUCUUGGUGGGAAGGCGGCUUUUGUAUGGCUCGGCCUCUGCUUGCUGAGCUUCAUUUGGAUAUGGUUCGAAGUUCCUGAGACAAAGGGGAAAACUGCGGAGGAGCUUGACAGACUAUUUUCAGAGAAAAGACCUGCAUGGAGAUUUCAGUAG